AAAUGGGUCCAGCGGCGGUUGAGCGGCCUCAGAAGGGGGCAGACUGUGCUCAGUCUUCAGAGACAGAGAGGUGUUGCUACUCGCUGUUUUCUCCAUAAAUCCUAGACCCCCAAACUUCGACCCUCAUAAUCCAGCCUUGCCAUUGAGUGACAGCCAUGAGUAGGAGCGGGGGGAAGAUCUUCACACCCACUAACCAGAUUCGCCUCACCAACAUAGCUGUGGUGAGGGUGAAAAAGGCGGGCAAAAGGUUCGAAAUUGCCUGCUACAAAAAUAAAGUUCUCAGCUGGCGACAGAAAGUGGAGAAGGACUUGGACGAGGUGCUGCAGAGUGAGACAGUCUUCACCAAUGUGUCAAAGGGUCAGGUGGCCAAGAAGGAGGAGCUGCUUAAAUGCUUCAAGACAGAGGACCAGCGGGCAAUAUGCCUGGAGAUCCUGGAGAAGGGAGAGCUGCAGGUGUCAGACAAGGAGCGCCAUGCCAACCAGGAAGCCUCAGUGAAGGAGAUCGCCUCUAUUGUGUCUGACAAGUGCAUCAACCCAGAGACCAAGACGCCCUACACAGUGUCCAUGAUUGAGAGCGCCAUGCGGGACAUCCAUUUCUCCCUCAACCCAAAACGCAACAACAAACAGCAGGCACUUGACGUCAUCAAGCAGCUCGCCCCGGUGAUCCCCAUCCAACGUGCCCAGAUGAAGAUUCGCAUGACCAUCCCCGCCAAGGAGGCCAAGAAGCUGAGGGAAAAAGUGUCACAGUACAUCACCAUAGAAUCUGAAGCCUUUGAGCCGGACCUUAACUUGGUGGGUCUCAUUGAUCCUGGCCACUUCCGCACCCUGGAGGAGGCCAUCAUUGGCCCCACCAAAGGCCGUGCAUCCAUUGAAGUGCUGAGCCUGAAGGAGAUGACGGACACUGGCGACUCAGCCCUCACUUAACCCAUCAGGCCCCUGCAGAGUGCCAUAUCAGCCUUGCAAGGCACUUGGGCAUCAGAGAAUGCCAGUGCAGCUUUGUGGGUAGCAGGAUGUGUCAUGUCCAGCAUCAAGUGGCAGCAGUGGGAUAUGUACUCAUGCCCAAAUUUAUAUUGCCUCAUGCCUCACAAACAUCAAUGUGUGUGUGUGUGUGUGUAUGCUUGUUCUUUCCCUUUCACCAGUUGUAACACACUAUGUGAAGCAACAUUAACCUUAUGCACUGAAAGAUACAGGUUAUUGACAAAUGUAUCAGUCAGUUAGGCAUUAAUAUGCAUCAGAGAGAGAGACAGUGAGAGUGAGAAAGAGAGAAGGAAAGUUAAAGUCCAAUGCACCAAAUCUACAUGAAUAGACUCCCUCUUCCCAUUCACACAGUCUCAGAAGCUGUGUGUGUUGCUUUGUUGCUUUACUAACUGUUUUGCUUGCGUGGUGCAUUUCUUUUUGGUGCAGGGUGAGUUAUAUACAGUCAGAAUAUAUGUAUCGCUACAUGGUUAACAAACUGAAUAUGGGAAUUUACAAGUAAUAAAUUAGAGUGAUGUAAUUAAAUACCUGGCUUAAACAAUUCAGCAAACUGCCCAAACAUUGAACUUGAAUUUAAAAUGUUUUUUUUAUUUAAGGAAAUCAGUACAUAGAUAUCACCACAGAACAGCAUUUAUUGUAUUUUUAUCACUGCUAUACAAAGGGAUUGUGUGUGUGUGUGUUCUGAUGAACUGAAAAUAUAUAUUGUUCUAUUAACUAAUAAAAAGUGUAUAUUGUUGAAUAUUAACUAAAGACAUAAUGCUCA